AUGCAAACUCAGGAACUUGGAAGUUAUCGAGAAAGGCCACCAUCCCUUAACAAAAAAGUGGUCACUGCUCCGUGUCCGGCAACGAAAGAGACAUCAUCGAAUGGCUGGGAUUAUUGGAGUCGAAUUUAUUCCGAGACCGGUGGCCGGAAUGGCGCAGCCAAUUUGCCAAUACGUGAUAUGCGGAUUUCAUACUUGUUGGCUUCUGAAAGUCUAGUCCGCGCCAAACUGCUGUUUUUGAACGUUCCUGGACUUCCGACAGGAUACAAGAAUAUUAUAUUGAAUCUGUUGAAGAAGGAGCUCAAAGAGGAGAUUCCAAUUCAAGACGUAAUUGCGCAACCGGGAAAAUGGUAUCUCCAUUUCUAUCGUCCCGCCGAUGCGUUACGUGUUCUCAAGCAUUUCAACGGCUUCAAUUACCGAUCGCACACACUUCUUGUGAAAUUCUGCUAUCCAGACGGAACCUACGGCGACGAAGCAGCUCUGACAGAACUAGUGACGUGUACGUCACAAUCGACGCGUCAAAUUCAAGCAAAAUGCGAAGUGAUUCAAGAGCCUGAUCCACCGGGAGUAUGGUCGCCUGUUGAACUGGAAGCUGUCCGGGGAUUCGAGCGAGAGCUCAUCUCGAUUCUCAAAAUCCACAAAUGCGUUCCAUAUUUCUCCGUUAUCAGCUCUUUGCGAAAUAUGUUUGUUAACAAAAAACUAUCGUCCUAUUUCAUAAGCGCCGCUCUCGGUCAAUGGUCGACGGGUUUCAUUCGAAUUUUUCACCGGAACGUCAAAGUUGUGGCGAACAGCGUGUGCCUCGCAACCAGCGAUUACUACACGCAACGCAUACGCGACGCGGCUAAAGAGGGAACUUGUGGUCCGAAUCGAGACACUUGGGAACCGUGCUUGCCAUAUGACAUUCGCAGCGAAGUCCAGCUCAAACAAUACGCAUACGCGUUUCUCUGUCAUUUCGGGCCUCAACAUAUAAAGAUCGACAUUCCAAUUCGCCUUCUGGCUCUUUCACUUCGCGGUAUUUGGCCGAAAACUGGCCCUGAUUUGGCUGAAGCGUUAACAAAAAUAUCUGCAAAUUUUGUAAUUAUUAACAAUGUACUCUACUUGUCGACGAUUGAAAAACACCACGAACAUCUCAUCGACAAUCUGGCGGCGCUUCAAUAUGACGCCGACGAGACGGCGAACGGUGUGACCGAGCGCGAUCUGAAGCGCAGUCAGCUGGUGAGCGUGCUUGAUCUUUGA